GAGUGUCAACAGAACAGAGGCGAGAAAGUCAGGAGAUACAUAGAAGUAAAAAUGGCGGCUGCUAGGUGUAUAAAGAAAUUUUACGGUAUUGGGCUUCAUGCAAUUCGUCAAAACGCUGCUUUAAAGACAGCAUCGGUCCUCCAGCAAAGGUCUUUCCGGGUCAAUGCAGCUCUUCGCCAGCAGCCGUUUGAUUCAUCCGUGGAGAAGCCGCAGUUUCCCGGAGCCUCGGCCGAGUUUAUUGAUCACCUUGAGUUUAUUCAGCCCAAUGUGAUCUCAGGAAUCCCUGUCUAUAGGGUAAUGGAUAGACAGGGCCAGAUCAUUAACCCUUCAGAGGAUCCUCAGCUGCCGAAAGAGACGGUUUUAAAUUUCUACGAAAAGAUGACACUACUUAACACAAUGGAUCGUAUUCUUUAUGAGUCCCAGAGACAGGGCCGUAUCUCGUUCUACAUGACCAAUUACGGCGAGGAGGGCACGCAUAUCGGCAGCGCUGCGGCUCUUGACCCGAAGGAUUUGGUUUUUGGCCAAUAUCGGGAAGCGGGUGUAUUGAUGUACAGGGGCUUUCCGCUUGACCUGUUCAUGGCACAGUGCUAUGCUAAUGCUGAUGACUUGUCAAAGGGCCGACAGAUGCCGGUUCACUACGGUAGCAAAGACCUUAAUUUUGUCACCAUCUCCUCACCGCUUGCCACACAGCUACCUCAAGCUGCUGGGGCAGCGUAUGCUCUGAAAAGGGAGAACUUGAACCGGAUUGUGAUCUGUUAUUUCGGAGAGGGUGCAGCCAGCGAGGGAGAUGCCCAUGCUGGAUUUAAUUUCUCAGCCACCCUUGAGUGUCCGCUUAUAUUUUUCUGCCGCAAUAACGGUUACGCAAUCUCCACGCCGACCAAUGAGCAGUACAGAGGGGAUGGCAUUGCCGCUCGAGGUCCAGGAUAUGGACUCAUGUCGAUCCGUGUAGAUGGAAAUGAUGUUUUUGCUGUGUACAAUGCCACAAAGGAGGCACGGCGUCGAGCAGUGGCCGAAAAUCAGCCCUUCCUUAUUGAAGCCAUGACAUACAGGAUCGGUCAUCACAGCACCAGCGAUGACAGUUCUGCCUACCGUUCGGUUGAUGAGGUGAACUACUGGGAUAAGCAGGACCAUCCCAUCUCUCGCCUGCGGCACUACAUGACCGCCCGAGGCUGGUGGGGAGAGGAUGAGGAGCGGGCGUGGAGAAAGCAAUCCCGCAAAUUAGUCAUGGAGGCCUUCGAGAGAGCCGAGAAACGGCUAAAACCCAACCCCAACCUGCUCUUCACUGACGUCUACAACGAGAUGACCCCUGAGUUAAACAACCAGAUGGAAUCCAUGUGGCGACACGUGCAGCAGUAUAAAGAGCAUUACCCACUUGAUCUCUAUGAGAAAUAAUCUCUAAAAGUUUUUCAGAGGAGGAAGAAAACACCUGGGCAGUGGACACAACUAGGAAAUGUCUUGCACAUGUCUUUACGUGUUAGUUGUGUUUUUUGUUACAUUUUGGUUGUAUUAGAAAGCACAGACACAGAUGGGUAUAUCUGUCCAUGUAUGCAAAUACAGGCCACUUCAGUUUUAUUUUGUGCCUUGAAAUGCAGUGUGGUGUGAAAAUCAGUAGAUCAUAUACAUAGGCCUAGUAAACAUUUCCACGGUAGAGUGGUCCUUUCAUCACUGUGUUGACAUUGACAGUGUUAUUAAUGCGGUUGACACAAUUUCAUGAUAACAUUGAUUACAUUUUCUAAAGAACAGUAUAUUACGUUCUCAGUAUCUUGGGCCUUAAACUAUAUAUGAUCAUCAGCUUUCCACAGAAAUGAUCAAUCUUUGAACGGUCAUUUGAUUGAAAACAUGCUUCUGAAAUAUUUAUUUCUGCGUGUUUCUCUUAGACUUUCCACUUCAGUCUAAUACAACGUGCAUCAUAAUGCUGUAUUGCAGGGUGUUUUGUGUCGUCUUGUACUGAUUUUCCUCCCACAGAUGAUAAAACUGUAUAAUUCUUUGGUUGGUAAAUAAUAAUGCACAAACUGUUAAUGUGUGAGACUUACUCAACUGUUACAUGACAUUAUGUUUGUUGUGUUUGAGAUUUUUUCUUUAGGGGUUUGUAAGUUGUAUUAAACAAUAAAAAUGGUUAUAAAAUACAA